ACUAAAUAUGGAUCUCCUAUCCCGGAACACUCGAUCCCGCUGAGUGAUUCACAUAACAAACCGAACCAAUCAGGUGAUUCGAAGCAGUUGAGUGCUUCAAACGUCACUGAAGUGAUUCAAACGUCACGAGUCACGUGACCAAACCACGCCUCGGCACAGUGGCUCGAUACGUUUGCUUCAUGAGCUACAGCGCAUGUGUCGAAGCCUCAGGUAUCAGAGGACCAUCACUAGCUGUACAGUGGGUGAAUGAAGAGGUCGAGACUUUUCUGUCUUUGGUGGUGGACCAAAGAAUACAGAGGGAGCUGGACAUAGAAAGUUUAUCAGGAGGUCUCUGAGCGGACGGCCGCCCACACAUACAGUAGACUGUAUAUAAAGAGGACAGAAGCAGUGUAGGGAGAAGCUGAAAAAGCUCAAAAGUGACUAUUGGUCCACCAAGGACCACAACGGCCGGCGUGGGUCAACCAGGAGGUGUUGGAAGAGGUUUAAUGGAAGCUAUUUACUGGCACCGCACCAGCAAGCAACAGGAGGGAGACUCAGCUGCUGCAUUGUUGGAGACGUUCGAGGACGAAUCCCUUUCGACGUGCGAAGCCUGCUCCACCUCCGUCGCGGAGCCCCCAGCUCCCCUGCCUCCUCUCCAGCAGCAGCUUCAGCACCAGCUUCAGCACCAGUACCAGCUUCAGCACCAGCUUCAGCACCAGCUUCAGCACCAGUACCAGCUUCAGCACCAGCUUCAGCACCAGUACCAGCUUCAGCACCAGCUUCAGCACCAGUACCAGCUUCAGCACCAGUACCAGCUUCAGCACCAGCUUCAGCACCAGUACCAACUCGGACACCGACCCUGUCAACAUCAACCUCCAGCACGUAACAGCAACGUCUUAUCACUGGUAAGACACGGUAAACAGAGACCAUGGUUGAUUUUCGCAUUAUUAUUAUUACUACAGGUGUAAAUGCCUGCAAGCAUGAUAAAAACAACGAGACCAACGACCAAGAAUUCAGACAGGUGUAAAUGCAAACUGUGCAGCUGCCAGCUCAGGAACGCCUGAUGAAAGCUACAUGUAGCUACAGUGACACAUAAACAGAACACAUGCAGCUGCAUUUUUUUCCAUUGACUUAACAAGCAAGUCACUCUAAUUUACUUUCUCGUGCAAUGUAGUAUUGCAACCAUUCUUCUUAUAGUCACUAGGUAACUGUGAAACUGAAUGAAAAUAUACAUAGAAAUAAGAAAACACAGCUGUUCUUACCAACUCCAAAAUGUGCACAAGAUGAAAUGAAGUUCACACCACGUUGUUUUUAGUUGUGGUGGAGGAGGUACUGUUUGUGCUUCAGUUAAAGUAAAGAGUGCCAAAAAUUUAUUAAAGUAAAACAAUCAAAGACAUGAUCAUGAUUGAAAAUCAAUGGACGGGUGGCUAAGUACAUCACAUCAUAGCUGUGGAGUCCUUCAAGCUCCUGGGGACUACAAUCUCUCAGGACCUGCAGUGGGAGACGAACAUCCACUCCAUCCUGAAAAAGGCUCAGCAGAGGAUGUAUUUCCUACGACAGCUGAGGAGACAUGGCCUGCCGCAGGAGCUGUUGAUCCAGUUCUACACUGCAGUCAUCCAGUCUGUCCUGUGCACCUCUGGAUCAGCCCACAGCAGGACAGAAACAGACUACAGCCUGUAGUACGGACUGCAGAAAACAUCAUCAGAGACCCCACUCACCCUGGACAUUAAACUGUUUCCCCCUCCCCUCUGGCAGGCGCUACAGAUCCCUGUACACAGAAACCUCCAGACACAAAAACAGUUUCUUCCCCACUGCCAUCACUCUGAUAAACAGCUGAGCCAUUCCUACACACCUGUACAAUAGUCAGUAUUCCAAUGGACAUGUACAGCCUUUUUUUUUUCACCUUGAACAGCAUUCUCUGCUUUUGCACUACUGUGUUUAUAAUGAUCUGCACUUCAAUAUCAUUCUGCCAGAGGGAAUAAAAGCUGUGGCUUCCUUUUCUUUAAACCAAUGACAGUGAUCUUGGGCAAAGCUUAGCAAGGAUGCAGUUUCAGUGUUCUUCCAGAAUAGUGACGACUGGCUUUGUUUUGGUGUAACAUCUGGGAGGUCUGACUGGCAUUACAAUCAAAAAUCCACCAGAAAAUAGCAGGCUGCCUCGCUGUGUGAUUCAGUUUCUUUAAAGGGGAAGGAAUGACCCAGAAGAGUUGUUGUUGUUUCCUGUAGUGAAGGUUAAGUAAUCACCUACUGACUGUAGAGAGGUAGCCUGACUAUAACCUGCUUUAUAUCUAAAGCUACGCAGGUGGACAACUGUUCAAGGUGAGUAACUGAUUGAAUUUCUGUGACUAGAGCCUAGGGUUAGUGCCAGAGUCAUUCAGGUCAAGAAGAGGACUAAAAGAAGAUCUGCUCUACCACAGCAGAAACCUGCAAUUUAAAGUUUCUCAAAGGUUUGCCUGAACCCAGGAUAUAGACAAGAGGAAAUGAGUAAACAUGAGGGAAGCGGUGGGACAUCCCUGAAAGUAACAGAAAUAGAUUAGUUAAUUAGAGAAAUAACAGAACAGGAGAGGACAGCUGAAGCAAUGAGAGAAUGGAACGACCACAAAGGGAAGAUCGAUGCAGACGAGGCCUAAGAGGAGUCCAAGAAACAGAGAGGAUCAGCCGGACCAAAGAGAGGCUGAAGAAAGGAGGAGCACAGUGGCAAUGACACAGAUGCAUUUAGAGCGUGAGAAACGAAGCUUCAACCUGUUGUUUGUCUGAGUUACUGAGCAGCAGUGAGACUAGAGGCUUCUCUGUGUACAACACCUAACAAGCAUCUACCUAUAUGCAUGCAUGAGGCAUUCAGGGGACGUCUGUAAAGUGCAGUUUUAGAGAACAGCCUGCUUUGUACUCUCUUCCUCCUCAAAGCUGCAUGAGUCUCUCCAUGCACAUCCAUCACAACGCACCACCCACUACUACAGGUAAACUGUCAACCUGAGGAGUGAUAAAAUGGCCAGCAUUAGAUAUUGCAUGUAAUGACAAGAGUGGAGCCAAAUGCUGAGAGUCAAAAGUCUGAAUUGAAAUGUUAAAAAAGCACAACUUCAUCUAAGAAACCUGUCCUGUGCCUUGACAGGUGCUGUUAAAUCAGCCCCUCCCUGCAGCUUUUCAGCACCAUGCAGCAGCAAACUGAAGCAGGGAGAAAUGAGAAUAAGAUUUAACACUGCAUACAUUGACAGUAAUGCACUUGUUAAAGAGUGAAUAAUUCAUAAAACAUGGUUUUGAAUGUGUGGAGGAUCCAAUUAAAAAUGUCCAACUGGCAUCGAAGCAAGUGAGAACAUUACAAGGCAGAUGUAGAGUUUUCCUACUUCUUAUUGCAUUCUGUUCACAAACUGCAGGUUUCCUUCACUCUGUAGUAGAAAAUAGGUAUUAUUUC